CGCUCGCUGGCUGCCUUUUGCAUGUGCGGCCCAAAUCUGAUGCAUUACCGCAAGCAUCUAAGGGUGUUUGUUUUGGCCACCUGAGCUCUCUGGGGGAGGCGAUAAAAGCGCGAGGUAGACUGCAAGCCAGGCGGCCUCUUUUCCUUCUUCUGCCGCCUCUUUGUCGUUAACCGCACCACGCAGCUUUUUCUUUGUAAUCUCUCGCACCGCCGUUCGUUCAUGUCGUCUGCUCUCGCUAUCAAGGCCGCUGCCAUUCUUGGCGGAUCCGGUGUCGCCCUGGGUGCCUUCGGCGCGCACGCGCUCAAGCGGAUUGUUGAGGACCCGCACAAGAUCCAGCAGUGGGGCACUGCGUCGCGCUACCAGCAGAUUCACGCGUGCGCGCUGCUCGCCAUUGGACUGUCGGGCAAGCAGGCUCCGUAUGCGGUCUAUCUGCUGACCGCGGGCUCCAUCAUGUUCGCCGGCUCCAUCUACACGCUGGUGUUGCUGGGCGAGCGUGCGCACAGCAUUGCCCUGAUGACGCCGCUCGGCGGUCUCACCAUGGUCGCUGGCUGGCUGUCGCUUGUCACUCUGGCUCUGUAAUUUCCAACAAAAAGAAAAGAAUAUAAUAUUUUUGAUACUGACGGGAGAGCCCUACUUCAGCGUGGCCUUGGCGACGGUGGCAGUGGUGCAG